AUGGCCGCCUAUUCGUCAACUAGCUGCCGCUCGCCGAUGAUGUUCUUCGUCGUUCGCCUUCACAAUGCCGGACAACGAGACUGCUUCACGCCGUUCUUCGCUCACCGUGCGUCCAACGCUGCUCGCCUACUCGCCCAGCUACGCAGACAACAUCCGCCAGGCUACGCCAAGUCCAAGUCUCCUCUGCCAUGUUCGACAAUGCCGUGUCUGCUACUGCUGCUCAACACGAUUCGUGAGGCGACACUCAAGCUGGCGCAAGGACAGCGACAUGCCGAGCAACUUCGCUGCUUUCGCCUCUACCUUUUGGCGACACCGGAUCAUCAGUUGCGCUCUACACCACAACUUACUGCACUGUUCGACAACGUCAUCGUCCACAUGGUCGUCACCUUCCACGACGUUCACCUGCCAACCGACACUGCCGACAACCAACAUCGGCAUCCGACCAUUCUCGACUCCGCCGCCUGCUCUUUGCUGUGCAUGCAGAUUUCUACUACGUAUCGGCGCGACAUCUACUACUUCCGGGUACUACAUCUGCUGCACAAUCGCGUCCAAUACGUCGACGAGCACAUGUACAAGCGUCUACGCCACGCAACCAGCCGAACUUCAACAGCGACAAUCGCCCUCACCUCCAUCGCGCUGACU